AUGUCCAACGACCAGUCCAUGCACGAGUCUGAUGCCUCCGACGACGAGGGUCCACAUCCCACAGAAGCCGCGUCCAGCAGGAAGCGCAGCAGCAGAGCCUGCGAUCAAUGUCGCAAGACGAAGAGCAAGUGCGAGAGGUACGAGGGCGACAGCGAGCAGUGCAAGAGCUGCACCCUCGCCGGCGUCGCCUGCACCUUUCUCGGCCCCAGCUACAAGCGCGGUCCUCCCAAAGGAUACAUCCACGCCAUCGAGCAGCGAUGGCAUCAGGUCGAGUCCAUCCUCGGCGCCAUCCUCGCGUCCCCAGACCCCCAGGUCCGCCAUCUCAUCAAAAACCUCAAACGAGACGACCUCGCUCGCGACAUCCUCAACCGCGUCGACUCGGGUCCCUUUGGCCCUACCGGCCGCCUCAACCAUUCCGUCGCCGUCACCAAAGAAGACUUCUUCGCCUCCAUCCUCAACAGCGCAGACCCACAAGCCGCACGCGACCCCUCUCGGCCCCGCCGCCAAUCCCGCGUCUCCCGCGAGAUCGUCUCCUCCACCCUUCGUUCCCCUCUCCCAGACAACUCGGCCCUCGUCAGCCCCACCCUCGAGUGGCAGGACCGCCUGUCCUCCCGCUUCGCCCUCAUCGGGCCCUCCGCGAACAACAACGGCCACCGUCCGCCCCGCGCGUCCUCCGAGCGCGAACGCACGGGCGGUCCCUCGCUACCACAGCGCCGGCGGCUCGACGGCGAUGCCUCCCUCCAGCCUGACUGGGACCGCAUGUAUAGAAUGGACAGGCUCUCAGGUGACCCGGUCUUCCAGUUCGAUCCCGCCACUGACACUCACCCCCCGCCCCCGCUCACCGCCCUCCCCCGACACCUGCGCGCCCCAGAUUCCUCGGAAGAGGACAAAGAGAGCGAGGACAGCUCGUGCAUGUUCGGUCAGCUCUCUCUCGACGAGAACAAAGAGGUCCGAUAUCACGGAAAGGCCAGUGGCUUGUCUCUGCUCUACCAAAAUGACCGCACGGACGACCGCAAGGCCGGAGGCGUCUGGAACAUGCCCAUGGCGCGUGUGUGGCCGCCUGCGGCAAAUCAAUUCAUCCCAGAGGAGAACGUGGAUGUCCCGAUGCCGUCGCUCGACGUCCAGCGACACCUGCUCGAGCUCUACUUUGUAUACGUGCACCCCGUCUUUCCCGUCGUGCACAAGACGAUGUUCUGGAGUGAGUUCAACGCCGCACGCUCACCGCUCACCGUGCGCGCGUAUCUCCUUGACAGAAACUCGUAUCAGGAAAACGGAACUCCGGCGAACGGCACCCGUCGACCGGAGCGCAUGCACCUCUCGAACCUGCUCCUGCUCUCCAUGUUCGCCACCGCCGCGCGCUACUCGGAGGACGCCCAGUCGUCGCCCGAGGGCACGAUCUGGGAGGCGGGCCUCACCUACAUGGUGCAGGCGCGCGAGCUGCUCAAUCGCGUGUACCAUUACUCGCGGCCGUCGACGUGCCAAGCGCUGCUACUCCUCGGACUCCGGGAGACCGCCCUCGGUUCGACGGAACACGGCUGGCUGUACGUCGGGAUGGCCAUCCGAAUGGCGUACGAUCUAGGACUGCACCGGGACGCGGACAAGUGGCAGAUCAACGACCGCAGCCUGUUCUCGCCGACAGAGCUGCAGGCCCGGAAGCAAAUCUGGUGGGCGUGCACGCGAGCCGACAAGUACACCUCGGUCUGGAUGGGCCGCCCGCCUGUCAUCUCGGAAUCGAAUUGCGACACGCCGCUCCCGGAGGUGCGGCACGUUUUUCCUAUUUGGGCGGCUCGUGAGCGCGUUGCUACAACUGAGAGUGCUGCAGAUCGACGCGGACGAGCAGUGGCUCCCCCAUCCGGUCGACAGGGCCGCGGCCGACUACCCUCCCGUUCCGGGACGCGUGAUGGCCUGCUUCCGCGCCUCGUCGACGCUGAGUACGUCCCCCUCGCGCCCUUCCCUCCAUCCGCUCUCCGUCGCUCACCUCGCCCUCCUCGCUGCACCCCGCCACCGCCAGGCGUCAUCACCGGCCGGAUCCUCGAGCAGGUGUACACGAUCCGCCCGACGACGCCGUCGGCGAAGCGCGCGGCGCUCGCCGACCUCGAGGCGCGCCUCGACAAGUGGUACGCGGAACUGCCCGAGUGCCUGGCGUACGACACCGUGAGCAAGCGCCACGUCCCGCCGCCGCACAUCCUGCAGCUGCACAUGACGUACUGGAACAUCGUCAUGCUCCUCCACCGCGCAUUCAUUCCCAAAUGGAAACCCGAACGGGAUCCGAAAACGGCGACGAACAAGUCCACGCGCGAGUCCGACGCCGGCGCCCUCAAGUCCUUCGACAUCUGCCAGAGCGCGGCGGGGCGCAUCACGGCGAUAGUCGUCGCCUACCAAAAACGCUUCGGCCUGCAGCGCGCCGUCUUCAUGCUCACGCAGCAUCUCUUCGCGGCAGGCCUCAUGCAUGUCGUCACUUUGACCUUCCGACCGUCCAACGUGCAGGCCUCGGUAUCCCUGUCACAAACCCUGGCCAGCCUGAAAGAGAUGGAGGUGAUAUGGCCCAGCGCGCACCGCGCCUGGGGCCUCCUGCAGGGCGCCAAAAUCCAGGUGGACAACGGGCUGCUCACGCUCUACGGGAUCGGCGGCAGCGGCGUGGGCGGCGGCGUGGGCGGCGCGGGCGGCCCCGGCGAGCGCGCGAAGCGCGGCGCGGACGACGCGUUCGGCAAGGAGAAGAGCUCGAACAUCCUCCAGCGCGAGGCGUUCGAGGAGCUCGAGCGCAGCGCGUCGGCGGCGCCCGCGGGCCCCGGCGCGCAGGUCGCGGGGAACCGCAUCCUCGCGCACAUGCUCGGCAUCGAUAUUCCGGGCAUCGAGCCCUCGACGUCGUACCUCCCCGGGUACGAGUGGUGGCCGCGCACGGGCCAGCCGCAGCCGCAGCACCCGCAACAACAACAGCAGCAGCAGCAGCACCAGCAGCAGCACCAGCAGCACCAACACCAACCGCACCCGCACCCGCACCCGCACCACCAACAUCACCAACACUCACACCAACAACACCAGCACCAACACCAACACCAGCACCAGCACCAGCAGCCGAGCCCCGCGCAGAGCUCGCAGCACACGCUCUCGACGCCCUCCCCGCACUCGUCGCACAGCAGCCCGCCCGCGGCGCUCCCGAUCCCGUUCACGUUCGACCAGACGCAGCAGGGCCUCUGGAUGAGCGGCGGCGGCGGCGGCGGCGGCGGUAGCGGCGGGAUGAUGAACACCUCCCAGCAGCCCUACCUCACCUACCCCCCGCCACCCCCGCCCCCAGCGCCGCCCUCGUCCCGCCCGUCAUAG